UCACGGUGGUCCAUCCGAGCGGCUCGGACGCGCUAACCGAUUCCGUUUUUCGAUCGUUACCGCGUUUGCCGCGUUACGUCACUCCAUGAACACGCUCGAGGGAUAUUGUAGCGGAAGGAAAUCGUGAUCCGACGAAUUUAUUCAAGGAUCUUUACAGUUGACAAAUGUCUCCAUUGAUUUUGGAUGAUCAUUGUGCCAAUUUGCUCGCAACGUUGUCAUUAUCAUCAUUAUCAUCGUGACAUCAUUAAGACGGUGAAUUAGUCACGUAACUUUCGCGAAAAGGAUCGGCUAAACGACGUGUCCGAUACCUUCGACGAUCCUAAAAACACAGACGUGUUAGGACGAACGCACGAGGAGGACAGCGGAUAAUUCUCGUACGUGUCCGGUGUACGUGUGUGUGUCGCGCGUGUUUGUGUGUGUCAUCAAUUGUGUGUGUGUUCGUCGAAUCAGUGCUAUUCGGUAGCGCGGGCUACCGGUGAUCCAGCGGGUGAGUGCGAUCGGAGUGCUCCAGUCGCUCGCGUGGGAAAGAGAGAGAGAGAGAGAGAGAGAGAGAGAGAGAGAGAGAACCCGAGGGUGCGCUCUCUUCGAUGCGUGCCGCUUCCGGUUAACCGGAAGCGCCCGCGUGCGAAUGCCCCCGAGAUGCGUCCCACGGUGCGGUCGCCACGAGUGACCGCGACAGUGCAGCAUCCAGUGCCGCGACCCACUCGGCCGAGUGAGUUCCGGCUACUGAUUAAUCUGUCGGUGUAAUUAAUCCGACUUGUGCGCGCCCGGUUCGUCGACAACCUCGUGAAACCAUUUCCAUCCUCGCAUCCGGAUUCGUAAACUAGUGACCCUGUGAGGGUGACGGAAAGGAAUUGGUCCAAUUAUCUUGAUUCAUAAAAAGACAACAAGAAGAAAUGAGAGAAGAAAUAAAGUGACUUGAUUGAGUGUUUAACAUCGUUUCUUGUUUAUCAAAGAAUAAUAAGCGUAAACAAUCGACAAAUCAACGGGACUCUCGAAUAACGGUUUAAGAAUGACGAAUGAUUUAAGACGUCCAUGUAAAGACUUGUUGAGGUGGAAUGUGAUUUGACUUAAUAACAGACUGAUAGUUUCUAUUUAUCAUACACAGUUCAUUUUCUAUCUUCCGCAAGACGAUUUAAAGCUUCUGGUUUAUAAAAAGUGAUUCAGUGACCCAAGGCUAGUGCAGAGGAUUUAUUUUAAUCCGAUUGCUACUUCCAGAGAGAGAGAGAGAGAGAGAGAGAGAGAGAAAGAGAGAGUCUAAACUUCGUGUCCCAAUUCGUCGAGAGUAAUUCGAAGAUGGAAGGCAAAGUUUAACUUAACUUAACGUACGAGUCUACAUUGCCGUUGCUCGUUAUUGACCGAGAACGAUACGAAACUCCUGGUACAUAAACAGUGACCUAAGAGAAACUAAGGAAAUUUGUUUUACUUCAGUCACUAUCCUUGUACGCUAUCAUUCAAACUUUGUAACUUGAUUUAAUAAGGCGAUUUUGAGAUAAGAUACGAAGAUAAUUUAACUUAUAAACGCACUGAUUUCGUACUACAUUUGUUUCAAUUAUUCAAUCGCAGAACUGUAAGUUCGUAUUCUUAUUUAUAAAGGAUUAUUUGAGUGGGAGAUGAACGAAGAUUGACCGAACUAUUUCAAAUCUGUGGUACAAUUUAUAAAAAAAGAUUCUAGGCUGCAAAAUAAAAUUUGAUGCAUAUCCAAACUCGCUUUCCGAUUCAUAAGUGAUAUCUAAGUAAUAUCAAAGGAUUACUGCAACCAUUAACCGCUAUUAAUCGACGACGACCUCGAGAAAAUCAACAGGCGACUGCGUCAAUUACUCAUCUCGUGAAUGAAUUUUUAAAGUGGAAGAAACCCAAGGGUCAGUCGUUACUUCACUUGAAAUGAAUAUGUCAUGAACGCGAUGUUUGCACGCGCAGUGGCAUUUAAUGCGUGGUACAAGUGCACAUUGAAAUAAAACGUUCAAGUUGAGGAAAGCGAUUAAGUGAUUGUAAAGGAAGAGCAGGAAAUACGUGCGACUCGAUCACUACCUUCGUCGUGUCCCUUUCGAAAGGUCUCUAAAUUGCGAAAGUUUUCGAUUGCUAUUAGAUGAAGCAGCACGAUCGUAAACAGGAUUAAUGCAUUAAGAAUUUUCAUUUGUCGAUAGUACUAUGAAUGUUGUAUGAACCUGGUUUCUUAGCAAGAAGGAGAAUUUUUUCUAUCGAAGGUGAUCGUAAACACCUUCGAGGUGGAGCAUCGAAUAGACGAUCGAAUACAGAAUUUAUGUGCCGUUUGAUAAACGCUAAUGGUUACAACAUUUAAUGCAGAUAAUAAAUAACAGUGUAUUAAUUAUACUUUAGUAAUUAAUGGAUUGCAUGAUUGUGAUCCUCAUUCUUUUGUUCCAAGAUAGAGAUGUUAUAGUGAAGAAACAAUUAAAAAGUGAAUCGCACACGAUGGAAUGAUAAUUGUGAUUACGACUAAUUAAUAUCUGGAUAAUUAACGCUUAUCAAGAGUCACGCUUCUGUGAAACGGUCGGACGAAGACUGCAUGCUAUGGACACGCGAUCGGAGUGUUAUAUCAAAGGAAACAUUUGACAAGUGACUGGGAAUCGCUGCAAGCUAAUUAAUAAGCGUUAACAGCAAUUCAUGCUGCUCAAAUCAAAUAUUCGCGAAACUGCAAAUGUUUCGAUCGCUUACAAAGGAUCCAGGUAUCAGUAGAAGGAAGAAGUAUUGAACAGUGGGUAGUAAUCGCUGACAGUUAACUGAUAGCUAAACGAUAUGAACAAUUAGCGACGAUUGCACUUUCGAUUUCAACAAUCAUAAAUCGUCGUAAUUCUCGAUCGAACAUCGGCAAGGGAUAUACGAAUUAUUAAGCCCUGAGUUCCCCAGUUGACUACGUCGCAUGAUGCUACAAUAUAAACGCUCUUUAAUACUAAUUAUACUAAAUUACAUGUCACUGUCUCACGAUCGUUGAUUUCUCGUCCUUCUCAAAGGACGGGAAAAGACGCGGCGACAGUCAGCAUCAAGUUCUCUGAUUAAUCAGACUAAUUAACUUGCUGUGUGCUAGACGCAGUCGCGAAACGUUGCUGGUCCUUUGACAACGUCUCGCAUGUUCUCGUGUGAUAUAUUCGCAUAUGACCGAAACACGCGAAUUAGGAAUGGCGCAGCGCGCCAUUUACCUGCAGCUAUAAUUAACGUGACCUAAGGACAGCCGCGGGAUAGCGAGCGGUCGCGCGUCGGGAUAUCUUCAUUGACGAAUCGGUUCGACAAGGAACGUCUUAAUUAAUAAUCACGCAAAGCCAUUGAGAUUCGUGUGCCGUUUCGCAUAAUAAGAGAAGCGAUCGAGGGGAAAGAGAAAAGUGAGAUAGAGAGAGAAAGAGAGAGAAAGGGAAAGGAAAUCAGAAAGAAAGAAAGAAAAAGAAGGCAAGGUAAGCAGAUAGAAAAGGAGAGCAGAGGAACAGAGAGGGACAGGAGCUCCCGGGUGCUACUUCGUCCUCCUCUUCGUCUACUUUUUAUCGUUUCGUGAGGGCCCGAAAAAGAGUUCUCACGCCGCACGCGAGAGAGACCCCGAACACGCACGCAGGCAAGCACGCACGAACGCACGCACGCACUCACCCCUCCGAGGGAAGUAGAAAGCCCGCGGCGCGCGAGGGAUCUUGAUUUCUUCUUGCUCGUUGAUUUUUUUCCCUCUCUUCGGACCUCGCUGGCCGUGCCGAGACCCGCAACGCGCGAAGGUAUGGGAAAGGAAAAAUCGCUUCUCAACUUGCAGAGAUACGCACACUUUAUUGCGGUGCUGUUACGCUGUCUUUAUCUGAGGACUUAGGCUUUUGGAUACGCGUCAACGCGGAGAAAGAACGUGGAAAAAUUACGCGUAGUCGGAGCUCGGAACCUCACGAUGGAGUGCCGCAAGGGUCGACGGAAAGGAGGAGCUCCGAUCCUCGGCAGUCUGCUACUUGCGUGGUUCUUAACCAACGGCUGCGCCGUCGUCGCACGAAAUAUAGAGAGGUACGACACCGCAUACGCUUGCGAGGGCAAGACGCUGGAGAUCGAAUGCGGCGAGGGAAAACUGAUCCACUUGAUACGGGCGAACUAUGGCAGGUUCUCCAUCACGAUAUGCAACGAGCACGGGAACACCGAGUGGAGCGUCAACUGCAUGUCGCCCAGAUCGUUCCGCGUGCUGAACAACGAGUGCAACGACCAGCAGAACUGCAGCAUCGUUGCGUCUACGCUGCAAUUCGGCGAUCCUUGCCCGAACACACACAAAUAUCUCGAAGCGCAUUAUCGAUGCGUGUCCGCCACUACCACGACGACAUCCCGGCCGAGUCCGCCGUGGUUCAUAACUUCACAACCGAGUGUCUGGAGCACCGCUAAGCCAACUGUCAGGCCUCCCUCGAGGAUUACGACACCGGCGCAACAGCCACACCAACAGCCACCGGCGCCGUCCACCCCAGCAAUGCCGAUAACGACGCCGGCGAGUUCUACAUCAACAAGGUCCUCUGUCGACAUCGAAGUCGAUGAGGAAGAUCAGGACCUAAUAUCUCCUGCGAAUGGUUCUCCGGCGAAUGGCCCGGCAAUGCCGCCGAUUAUGUUUGAGACCACUCAAGCCACGACAACAUCUACCUUCGUUCCUUGGAGAACCAGCCGAAGGACCACUGUACCCAGCACGUUGUACCCGGAGUCCACUUCGAACGGAAGCCCGUGGUAUGACUACAGACAAGUGUGUCCUCCGGUAGUAGCCCGGAACCUGUCUUGGAACACGACCAGGGCUGGCGAUGUGGCCGUACAAAGCUGCCCCGGUGGUGCCAAUGGUCUGGCCAGAUGGCGAUGUUUGGCCCGCGGAGAAUCCGCCUUCUGGCAUCGUGACAAUCCAGAUCUGAGCGAGUGUCGAUCAGUCUGGUUAACCACCCUGGAAAACCGUGUGACGGACGGCGACGUGAUUCUCGGUAUCAGCAGAGAACUCUCGCAAGUUACAAAUAACAGCCGCGGUUUAUACGGCGGCGACAUGAUGAUCACUACGAAGAUUAUCAAAAACAUGGCCGAGAAGAUGGCCCUGGACAUUAAGACCUACCAAGAUUCGAACCAGAGAGAGGUCAGCGUUACAGAGUUGCUGCAGGGCGUAGUGAGGACCGGUAGCAAUCUGCUCGACAAAGCGCAAAUGGCGUCCUGGAAGGAUCUUAGUCAUCAGGAACAGAUGAGGGUCGCAACAUCGCUGCUGAUCGGUCUCGAGGAGAACGCCUUCUUAUUGGCCGAUACGCUUCUGCAGGAGAAGACCAUUAUGCAUGAAGGCAAAAACAUAUUGAUGGAAGUUCGCGUAUUGGACGCGCGCAACAUCGGCAACGAGCUGGAAGUUUUCCCGAGCGAAGCCGCCCAGCAAAGGUGGACAGUCUCGAACGAUCGCGUGGAACUUACCAGGGGCGCUUUACUGGACAACAGCGAGGCCGGUAUCGUCCGGCUGGUCUUCAUGGCCUUUGACAGACUCGAGGAGAUACUACAGCCGCAAGCGGAGCCGCCGUCCGUCGUCAUGAACGACGAUCCCCAGCCACUGCCGCGGAGAAACACCACCCGUCUUCUCAACAGCAAAGUUAUCUCGGCGUCCUUGGGAAAAGGCCGACACAUACAGCUCUCAGAACCCGUUCGAGUGUAUUUCAGACAUCUGGCGGUCGAGAACGUCACUAACCCCACUUGCGUCUUCUGGGAUUACAUCUUGAGCGCCUGGUCGGACGAGGGAUGCCAGAUACAAAAGACCAACGAGACUCACACCGUGUGCGAAUGCAAUCACCUGACGAACUUCGCCGUGCUGAUGGACGUGCACGCCGUCAGGCUGGACAUCGCCCAUCAGGUUGCUCUGCAGAUCAUCACGUAUAUAGGCUGCAUCAUUUCCGUCGUCUGCCUCGUCCUGGCUAUUCUCACGUUUCAAUUAUUUCGCGGACUGAAGUCGGACAGAACGACGAUCCACAAGAAUCUCUGCGUGUGCCUGCUGAUUGCCGAAGUACUUUUCGUUUGCGGUAUCGGCCAAACUAAUCAGAGAAUCGUUUGCGGCAUCGUGGCCGGCUUAUUGCACUUUUUCUUCUUGUGCGCAUUUGCCUGGAUGUUCCUCGAAGGAUUCCAAUUAUAUGUGAUGCUGAUCGAGGUAUUUGAAGCGGAAAAAUCGCGGCUUCGGUGGUAUUAUCUGGUCGCGUAUGGCGCACCACUGUUGGUCGUAGCAAUUUCGUGCAUAAUCGAUCCACUCAGCUACGGUACCGAUCGGUACUGUUGGCUGCGCGCAGAUAAUUAUUUCAUCUUCAGCUUCGUCGGACCUGUGAUACUCGUUAUACUGGCAAAUCUGGUAUUUCUAUCGAUGGCAAUCUAUAUGAUGUGCCGGCAUGCGAACACCACCGUGGCUAUGAAAAGCAAGGAGCAUUCCCGAUUGGCUAGCGCAAGUGGAAAGGAAGAGAAUGCUCUUCCCAACAAAUUGCAAGCGCACUUGGCCUGGCUGCGGGGCGCUAUCGUGCUGGUGUUUCUACUAGGUCUGACCUGGACGUUCGGGCUUCUCUACUUAAACCAAGAAUCCGUCGUGAUGGCGUACAUCUUCACCGUAUUGAAUAGUCUCCAGGGGCUGUUUAUCUUUGUGUUCCAUUGCGUACAGAACGAGAAGGUGAGGAAGGAGUACCGAAAGUUCGUGCGCCGUCAUUCUUGGUUGCCGAAGUGCCUAAGGUGCUCGAAGACUGUGACAGGCGGCUCGGCCGGCUCCACCGGCGGCAGUGGCGGUACCGGCGGCGCCAACGGCGGCAAGGACUUCGCCUCGCAUAACACCUCGUCGAACCCCUCGGCUCCUACCACUGACAGCUCCGGACUGUCGCCUCAUGCAGCCACCAAUUACUUGGUAUCCGGUCGAAGCUGGGCGAUAGUCGAUAGGCAGCCGGCAGUAACGGUGCCAGGUGAACCCGCCUCGUCCGAGGCUCACAUCGUGGCCACCCUGCCGUACGCACGUCACGCCUUCUUACCCUCAGCUCCCAAUAUCCCCAAAUCUGCCACCGCCACUUGGGGCCACCUUAACAAAAACCUCAUGUGGAAGAACAUUUCUUUUAAGUCUUACUCUCGUGAUUCCGGACAUGGCGGCUCCGAGCAGGAGGAUUCCCCGCGGACGCACAACACCCUGACGCUCGGUCACUCUGGUAGGAGACGCGGACCGAAUGAUGCAAGCGAUAUGAACACCGGUACCAGGACGAUCGGCGGUAGACGUGCCGCGAUGCCAUACAACCAUACAUAUACUGAAAUCGUAGACGGUCGAGGUAAUGGCGGUAUCGCCGGGCAUCAUCAAUUGCAUGGUCACCACGGCCAGCACGUUCAUUUGCCGCGCGGCCUUGCCAACGAGGAUGAUCCAGUGUACGAGGAAAUCGAGCGUGGUGGCGGCGGAGGUGGUGGCGGUGGCAACGGCAGCGGCAAUGGUGGUAUCAGCAGUGGAAUUGGUGGUAUCGUCGGCGCUGGCGAGAUCCAGGUGUCGGAUAUGUCCGACGAAGACGGCCGUCGACCGAGCGACAUGAGCAGGCAAUCCUCCAGGAGCUACGGUGAUCAUCGGCCGCUGAUCCCGUACUCGCCCGCCGCCGAUCGCAACCUGGUGCACUAUGGCCAGACGAUGACGGAACGUGGCGGUAGUGCCGGUGGCGGUAAUCUCACGCAUUACGACUCGACGGAGUACGGGGUGGAACGAACCCUGAACGCCUGUUGGGAGAAACUGCGCCGGCAGCAGGCCAGGUACGAGCUCGGGGAUCUGCCGCGAUUGCCGGCGGCAUACGGCAUGCCGCCACAGCAGGACCACACGCGGACGGUGGCCGUGCUGGACGGGCACACCGUCGUCUGUCACUUACAGCCGCAGACGGACAUGUACACGGGUCGCGGUAUGCCGCCGCCGUCCUACAGCGAGUGUUAGGUUCCGACCUGGGCCGG